AUGGCCGCAACCACCGAAUUGAUUCGGCACAUUGAGUUGUACGUCGACACGUCUCGCUCUCCUACCGAGCAGGCUGCAAGCUUGAAUUCAAUCAUUUCUCUCGUGAAGAGUGACUUUUUAACCAUUGAAGUGCUGGUGAAAGAGAUGAGGAUGUAUUUGACCACUACGGAUAAUGUGAUCCGUGCUCGGGGUAUACUUCUUCUGGCAGAAGUUCUUACAGGUCUUGCAUCAAAGCCACUAGAUAAUGCAACUAUUCAUAGUUUGAUAGGAUUCUUCACAGACAGACUGGCAGAUUGGAGAGCUUUACGUGGUGCACUUGUCGGUUGCUUGGCACUGCUGAGGAGGAAAGUUAAUGCUGGAAUGGUCUCGGCCAGUGACGCAAAACUGGUUGCCCAGUCUUACAUAGAGUCCCUACAGGUGCAAUCUUUAGGGCAGCAUGACAGAAAGCUUUGCUUUGAGCUUUUGGAAUGCCUUUUAGAGCGCCAUCCGAAUGAGAUUGCUUCACUGGGUGAAACCUUUUUUUAUGGGAUCUGUCAAGCUAUGGAUGGAGAAAAGGAUCCUCAUUGCUUAAUGUUAACAUUUCCUAUUGUUGAGACUCUGGUGCGAAUAUAUCCAGACCCAUCUGGCUCACUUGCAAGUUUUUGUGGAGACCUAUUUGAACUGUUGGGAUCUUACUUUCCCAUUCAUUUUACUCAUCUCAAAGAUGAGGAUGCUGAGGUGAAAAGGGAUGACCUUUCAAAGGCACUAAUGUCAGCAUUCUCGUCCACGCCUUUAUUCGAACCAUUUGUCAUUCCAUUGCUUCUUGAGAAACUUUCUUCGUCUCUGCCAUUAGCAAAGGUUGAUUCUUUGAAGUAUCUUAACCACUGCACAGCUAAAUAUGGAGCUGACAGAAUGGCAAAACAUGCUGGAGCUAUUUGGAUUUCACUGAAAGAUGCAAUAAGUAAUUCAUUGGAAAAGCCUGCUAUGUCCUUUACUUCAGAACCACUAUAUGGUCUUGGCUUUCAAGAGAAUGAAAUUGCAACAGAAGCUCUAAUGCUUCUACAGAAGGUUACCCUGCAAAAUGAGGCUUUGUUUUUAAGUUUGAUUAUUCAGGAUGAAGGUAUAAACAUAGUUUUCAACUCCAUAUCCAGUCAUGAACAUUAUAAUAAUAUUCCCUUGCAAGGCAAGCAGUGGUUACAUGCCGUUGGUCGCAUCCUUUAUAUAAUUUCCAAGACUUCCAUGGCUUCCUGUAACAGUGUGUUUGAAAGUUUCUUCCCCCGCCUAAUGAAUACUCUCGAGAUUUCUGUGACAAAUUCCUCUGGGGAUUGCACUCUUAAUGAGAAUUAUUUUCCCUCAAAAAAGUUUAAUUUUGGAGCUCUUUAUCUCUGCGUGGAAUUAAUUGCGGCAUGCAGAGAUUUAAUUAUGAGAUUGAAAGACCUUCCGAAGCCUGAUACUCCACAGGAGACAUGUCGCUACAUGCUUCAGAGCUUUGCGGAUUCACUAGUCAAUGCCUUUUCUUCUUCCUUGGCCACAAAUGCUAAUGAAGUUGCUCAUGGUGCAGAUAUUUAUUUCAAAGUGAAGGGUUUACAGAUUCUGGCUACAUUCCCUGGAGAUUUCUUGCCAAUAUCUAAAUUUUUGUUUGCGAAUAUUCUGACGAUACUCAUGUCAAUCAUCUUAGUGGAUUUCAACAAGAUAUUGCUAUGGAAACUAGUGUUGAAAGCUUUAGUCCACAUUGGGUCAUUCGUUGAUAUGUAUCAUGAGUCUGAGAAGGCACUGUGCUAUAUGGGUGCUGUUGUUGACAAGACUGUUUCAUUGGUGUCUCGUGAUGAUUUUAAUAUGCCUUUUUCACUAAAACUGGAGGCGGUCUCUGAGAUUGGUGCAAGUGGGCGAAAUCAUAUGCUAAAAAUUGUACACGGGAUGGAAGAGGCAAUAGUGGCCAAGUUAUCUGAUUAUGUCCAUGGAAAUUUGAAGUCAGCUGAAAAAACAAUUCAACUGUUGGAAUGCUACUGUAAUAAGAUUCUUUCAUGGAUCAAUGAAACGGGAGGUCUCGAGGAAGUUCUGUUGCGGUUUGUCAUUAAUAUAUGGAGUUGCGUUGAGAGUUGCAAAGAUUUUAGCAUUCAAGUCCAGGAAGAAGAACUUCUUGAUGCAACCAUGAUGGCAAUGAAGCUUGCCAUUGGGAGUUGUUCAGAAGAAAGCCAGAAUAUUAUAAUCCACAAGGCUUACAGUGUUAUUUCAUCAAGCAUAUCCAUUCCAUUUGAGGACUCCCUGGAUGCCACCUCUUCCAUUCAGCUUGAAGAAUUGCGCGUUUCUGAACAGAUAGACAAAUCUUCUCAUAGGGAUGACCAGAUAGACAAAUUUUCUCUUAGAGAUGAAUGGAUUCUUUCACUUUUUGCAUCAGUAAUCAUAGCGGUGCGUCCAAAAGCGCAGAUUGUGAAUGUAAAAGGCAUUUUGCAUUUGUUUAUGACAACCGUUCUUAAAGGUUGUGUUCCAGCAGCUCAGGCUUCGGGUUCUGUGAUCAACAAAUUGGGUACAAAAUCCAAUGAAACAGCAAAUUCAAAUGACUGUACCUUAGAAGAAGCAGUGGAUAUGAUUUUUAGUACAAAAUUAUGGAAUCUCAAUGAAAAUGGAGUUUUACAGACAUGUGGAUCAGGUAAUGGCAGUAAAGUUGGUCUUACUGAUUUAUGCCUUGGUUUUUCGAGCAAUAAACUGCUUCAAGUCCAUGCCAUUGUUGGACUAGCAUGGAUAGGGAAAGGUUUGCUUCUACUUGGUCAUGAAAAAGUAAAAGAUGUAACCAAAAUUUUGUUGGAGUGCUUACUGUCUGAAGGCAGAAUAUGUGCCAUGGAGUUGAAGCAAGGUUUGUUAGAAAACAGUUACGAGCAGCACUCUGUGACGAGAAGCGCAGCAGAUGCAUUUCACAUUAUUAUGAGUGAUUCUGAAGUUUGUUUGAAUCGAAAAUUUCAUGCCAUAGCACGACCACUCUACAAGCAGCGGUUUUUCUCUACAGUGAUGCCUAUUCUGCAGUCUUGGAUAAUAAAAUCUGAUUCAUCAGUAUGCAGAUCUAUGCUGUUUCGGGCAUCUGCGCACCUUAUAUCUAAUGCUCCAUUAAUUGUUAUCUUGAGUGAAGCCAAGAAGCUUAUGCCAGUACUGUUGGAUGGAUUGUCCCUGCUUAGUGAAGAUAUUCUGGAUAAAGAUAAGCUAUAUAGUCUUCUGCUAGUCCUUUCUGGAAUAUUGACAGAUAAAAAUGGACAAGUGGCUGUCAUAGAGAAUGCACACAUUUUAGUUAAUUGCCUCACCAGACUUAUUGACUACCCACAUAUGAUGCUUGUUAGAGAGACUGCACUUCAAUGUCUUCUUGCAACAUCUGAGCUGCCAUAUGCAAGAAUCUUUCCCAUGAGAACACAGGUACUACAAGCAAUAUGUAAGGCUCUUGAUGAUCCAAAGAGGGCUGUUCGUCAGGAAGCUGUUAGGUGUAGGCGAGCAUGCAUGGCAUCGACUCCAUUGCAGGGCAUCAAUUGCGUAAAAGAAAUCUUGAUUCCUAAAGAACGGUGCAGAGUUAUAGAGUUUUCGCCAAGGCGAGCUUCACAAAGGGGCUGA